AUGGCGAAGGCUGUAGUCUUUGGGAUGCAUUCCCUCACGAAGGAACUGGCAGAGGUGUUUACGGAGGAUUCAGACAAUGACAAAACUUUUUACGGGUUUUCGGAAGGAGAACAGCGCGACGAUAAGUCAGAGGAUGAAGAUCAUGGCCGCUCCACUCCUCCUGCUCAGACCUUCAGCCUCAGAGUGGCCCUGCGCCCUCCACUGACCCCUGAGGACACAGGACCAUCAAAGACCAGGCAGGUCCGAGACACAGGACCAUCAAAGACCAGGCAGGUCCGAGACACAGGACCAUCAAAGACCAGGCAGGUCCGAGACACAGGACCAUCACAGACCAGGCAGGUCCGAGACACAGGACCAUCACAGACCAGGCAGGUCCGAGACACAGGACCAUCAAAGACCAGGCAGGUCCGAGACACAGGACCAUCAAAGACCAGGCAGGUCCGAGACACAGGACCAUCAAAGACCAGGCAGGUCCGAGACACAGGACCAUCAAAGACCAGGCAGGUCCGAGACACAGGACCAUCAAAGACCAGGCAGGUCCGAGACACAGGACCAUCACAGACCAGGCAGGUCCGACAGAAGCGGGUCAACUUUGAACAAGUGAAUGAGGAUGAAGAGGAGGAAGAGGAGGAAUCGUUUUUGGCCAAACGAGAACAAAACAUCAAAGCUAACAAAGCGAUGCUGGCUCAGCUGAUGGCAGAUCUACAGAAGAUUCCCGGUGGCGCUGGUUUUCUGAAACAUGCAGAAAAACAAGCAAAAAGGAAAAGCUCUGUAAGAAACCUUCCGCCGCGCUCUGGAGACCUGAGGAAGAACCCUGAGCGUGCGUCUCGUCGUCGCACUCGCUCGAUGGGAGGAAGUGAAGGAUCCAAAGAGGAGCUUGAGGAGGAGCUGGAGCUGAGUCUGGAGGAAGAACUACUGCAGGUGAAGAGAGCGCCGCGGCGGCGUGGGGCUGUUCGGCCGUCACAGGCCGUUCCUCACGUGAUCCGCUCUGUGGAUGACAUCACCGCAGAAGAACUGGAGCAGGUGGCGGACGCUCUGACGGAGAAGGUCUACAACAAAGUCACGGGCUCGACUUGCCACCAGUGCAGACAGAAGACCAUCGACACGAAGACCUGCUGUCGUAGUGAGGGCUGCAGAGGGAUCCAGGGCCAGUUCUGUGGACCGUGUUUGAGGAACCGAUACGGCGAAGACGUGAAGAUCGCUCUGCUCGACCCAAAGUGGGCGUGUCCUCCGUGUCGGGGCAUCUGUAACUGCAGCUUCUGUCGGCAGCGUGAGGGUCGCUGUCCCACUGGGAUCCUGUUCCCUUUGGCUCAGUACCAUGGGUUCUCUGAUGUGCAUUCUUACUUGACCAGCCUCCGUAACAAGGUCAAAGAUGAAGAGGCGUGA